AUGGUCAUGCACCAUUCCCGCAACAGCCCAACAGGAUCACGACCCCGAUAUCUUACAUCAACAGCCGUUCUAGUUGUUGAAGUUGUCAAGCUAUCAGCCUCAUUACUCCUCGCCAUCUACGAUACUAUUGCUUCUCAUUCCUCAUCUUCAUCAGCAGCAAUAACUCAACAUCUCUACCGCUCCAUCUUUGCCCCAGAUAGUUGGAAGCUCAUCGUGCCCGCAGCCCUCUACACUCUUCAAAACUCGCUUGUCUACACGGCCAUCAGCAACCUCGACGACGUCACCUUCCAAGUCACAUACCAGCUCAAGAUUCUCACCACGGUCCUUUUCAGUAUCCUGCUUCUCGGCCGGACCAUUUCUCUGCGUCAGUGGCUGGGGCUUCUCCUCCUCACCUUCGGUGUAGCCCUUGUGCAACUAUCACCAACAACACCAGAUGUUAAUAGUGCCACCAGCUGGACAGACAAGAUCACAUCCUUAUUCACCUCCCCAUCCCAACCUCCUGCUGUUCAUCACAAUGCCCUGAAAGGGUUGGCCGCGGUUGUGGGAGCGUCCCUCAUUUCAGGCCUCACAUGCGUCUACUUCGAAAAGAUCCUCAAGGAUUCCCUAGGUUCGAACACCAGCUCCAUAUGGAUCAGAAACGUACAGCUAUCCUUUUUUAGCAUCUUUCCUGCACUGUUUAUUGGGGUGAUAUGGUAUGACGGAGCCAAUAUUGCGCAAAAUGGUGGAUUCUUUGCCGGGUACAAUGCCGUGGUGUGGGCAACGGUCUGUCUGCAGGCGCUUGGGGGUUUGAUUGUGGCUGUUUGCAUUGCGUAUGCGGACAAUGUGGUCAAGAACUUUGCCGCCAGUUUGAGUAUUGUGGUUAGUUAUGCUGGGACGGCGGUGGUUUUUGGGGAGAGGAUGACGCUUCAUGUGGGUUUUCUUUUUUUGAAUCAUGUACCUAUGGAACUGAUACUGAUCGUAUGGACUAGGCCACUAUGGGUGCAGCUGUCGUUGUGGCCGCCACAUGGCUGUACAGAAGUCGGCCGUCAACUCAACAACUGGGGACACUGUUGCCUGUUAGUAGCAGGGAAAUCGUGA